AAUAAUCAGACCAUUAACAUUACAGGUAAUGGUACGGCCCGGGUAAGUACACACAUGACUAGAAUUUUCUAAUUUCAAAAUUUAUAUAGUUUUUUUUUUCUCGAGGAAAAAUAAAUAAAAUAAAAAUCUCCACCAAAUAUAUGCCAGAAAAUUUUCUGAAAGAUCAAUACUUCCCCAAAUCUGCACCUCCUCACAUCUGUAUUUCCAUCUUCGUCUUCGUUAUUUAACACCCAAAAUCUAUCUACAGUUUUGUCUCUCUAUUUAUAUAUACGUCUCUCCAAGUGUUGCUUCACAUCCAGCUACAAAGUUCCAACAUUUAAAUCGCCGUUGUUGGAGAUCUGAAAGGCUUGUUUUUGUGGAUCGAUUCCAUCAUCAUCAUAGUCCGAUCAUCGUUCCGAAGGCUUAUUUCUAAUCGUUUCAGGUUACGUAAAAGAUUUUCUUAGUCUUUUCUAUGGAGUAAGAAUGCCAGAGUUAAGAAGUGGAGCACGUAGAUUGAGACAACCUAACCCUCAGGCGAUUGAACAGGCGGAAAAUAUUGAGCUUCCUCGUCAGACUACAACAAGGAGAAGAGGUGGUGGUGGUGGUGGUCGAGGAAGAGGAACCGCUGCAGCUUUAGCCAAAGCCGCUGCACCUCCAAGACCGACUGGUGCUACCGGUAGGGGUCGAGGCAUCAGGUUAAUAGAUUUAGAGGCAGAGCCUGUAGGCGAGCCUGCUUUUAAUCAAGUCCAAGGGGUAGCUGAUAAGGGUAUCGCCAUGGAAGGUGGUAGUCCAGAGAAGGUAGUUGGUGUGGAAGAAGAUCCAAGCACAGCUCCAGUCCCUGAAAGGGUACAAGUUGGAAGCUCUCCUGUUUAUAAGACUGAGAGGAAACUCGGUAAAGGAGGCUUUGGUCAAGUUUUUGUCGGUAGAAGGGUGAGUGGUGGCAGCGAUAGGAUUGGCCCUGAUGCAGUUGAGGUGGCUUUGAAAUUUGAGCACAAAAAUAGCAAAGGAUGCAAUUUUGGUCCACCUUACGAGUGGCAAGUGUACAGUAAUCUCAACGGUUGCUAUGGAGUUCCUGCUGUACAUUAUAAGGGUCGUCAAGGAGACUUUUACAUCCUUGUCAUGGACAUGCUUGGUCCGAGUCUCUGGGAUGUUUGGAACUCUUCAGGGCAAUCGAUGUCACCAAACAUGGUAGCGUGCAUUGCAGUUGAGUCCAUAUCUAUUCUUGAGAAACUUCACAUGAAAGGGUUUGUCCAUGGAGAUGUGAAGCCUGAAAACUUUUUACUCGGUCAACCCGGAACAGCAGAUGAGAAGAAACUCUACCUUAUCGAUCUUGGUCUAGCAUCAAAAUGGAAAGAUACUCACUCAGGCCUGCAUGUUGAAUAUGAUCAAAGACCUGAUGUGUUCAGGGGGACUGUAAGGUAUGCAAGUGUUCAUGCACAUCUAGGACGUACUGGAAGUCGAAGAGAUGAUCUUGAGUCAUUGGCUUAUACUCUAAUUUUUCUCUUGAAGGGAAGAUUGCCAUGGCAAGGUUACCAGGGUGAUAACAAGAGUUUUCUUGUUUGCAAGAAAAAGAUGUCAACUUCUCCUGAGUUGAUGUGCUGUUUCUGUCCACCACCGUUUAAGCUAUUCCUUGAGGCAGUUACUAAUCUGAAGUUUGACGAGGAGCCAAACUACGCAAAGCUUAUUUCGAUUUUCGAUACUUUAAUUGAGCCGUGCGCUCUAUCUAGACCAGUUAGAAUCGAUGGGGCUCUCAAGGUUGGACAAAAGCGUGGAAGACUGGUUCUUAAUUUGGAAGAGGAUGAACAGCCGAAGAAGAAGAUCAGAGUAGGCACUCCUGCCACUCAAUGGAUUUCAGUUUAUAACGCUCGUCGUCCCAUGAAACAGAGAUAUCACUACAAUGUUGCAGAGACAAGACUGAGCCAGCAUGUACAGAAGGGUAAUGAAGAUGGUCUUUUGAUUAGCUGUGUAGCAUCAGCAGCGAAUCUCUGGGCCCUUAUUAUGGAUGCUGGAACUGGAUUUACCUCUCAAGUUUAUGAGUUGUCAAAGGUCUUCCUGCACAAGGAUUGGAUUAUGGAACAGUGGGAAAAGAACUACUAUAUAAGUUCCAUAGCUGGUGCAGAUAACGGGAGCUCGUUAGUUGUUAUGUCAAAAGGAACUACUUAUACUCAGCAGUCAUACAAAGUGAGUGACUCGUUUCCAUUCAAGUGGAUAAAUAAGAAAUGGAAAGAAGAUUUUCAUGUAACCUCCAUGACAACUGCUGGUAAUCGUUGGGGCGUGGUAAUGUCGAGGAACUCUGGCUUCUCUGAUCAGGUGGUGGAGCUGGACUUUUUGUACCCAAGCGAUGGAAUACAUAGGAGGUGGGAGAGUGGGUACAGAAUCACAUCAAUGGCAGCAACUGCAGAUCAAGCAGCCUUCAUAUUAAGCAUACCAAAACGUAAAAUGAUGGAUGAAACUCAGGAGACACUUCGGACCACUGCCUUUCCAAGUACUCAUGUCAAGGAGAAAUGGGCGAAAAAUCUGUACAUUGCAUCAGUAUGCUAUGGCAGGACAGUGUGCUGAACUGCUGAUACGACACUUAACAUCAUAUGUUCAGUUAGAAAGCCAAAGACAAUUAGAGCUGCUUAUGGAUCGUCAUAAUACCCCCAAUCAAAAGAGGUAAAAACGAGACGCAGCCUGUUUGGCUGGUUGAAUUGUAAUGGAAAUAGAUGUGUCUUGGUUAAUGUAUGUAACAAGUUACAAAAGAGAAGAUGGAGUUAGUAAUAGAGAUAAGUUUUUGAGGGCUUUUGAAGCCUUCAAAGUGUGUGCUUAUUUAUUGUUAUCA